AUGUUGAAAAGCGCAGUGCGUCUCUUGAUUCUGGCUUUAUCUAUUCUACUUUUCUGUCAAAACACUCCAAGUGCAAGCCCAACCAACUUAGAUACGCGUUAUUCAAAGCUACUGAGGCUCUUUUUGGAGUCGGUUCCCGACAACAGGUUGGAAGAACUGGACCAGUAUGAAAAUGAUUUUGGACCGGGAGCUAAGUCCGCAUAUGUAGAUGUGGAACGAAGAAGGUUUACGCGACCGCAAGGACGCUAGAAUCGGUGGAAUGCUUGCGAAAUACGUUACACGCCAUGUCAAUCAGUAUUGCGUAGACUUACGGAUCCUCGCUUUUCGUCAUCUUUGCUGUACUACUCUAUGCUGCCGAAUGUAUCUUAUUUACGAAUAAAGCAAUCUGUUCC